AUGAGCACUACUUCGAGACGUGGUGGAGGCGGCGCUCGUGGCGGCGGUCGUGGCGGCGCUCGUGGCGGCGCUCGUGGCGGCACUCGUGGCGGCGCUCGCACGACUGCUGCAAGCACGACCGCUGCGAGCACAACGGCUGAAAGCACGACCGCUGCGAGCACAACGGCUGCAAGCACGACCGCUGCAAGCACGACCGCUGCAAGCACGACCGCUGCGAGCACGCCUGAGGAGCUUGCUGCCCUUCCACUCCCGAUUAUAGAAGCGAUUGGCUCGUUGCGGAAUGAAGUGAAAGACAUGAAGGAUCACCUUACAGCGCAAAUCACAGACGUGCAGAAAGACGUAAAAGAUGUGCAGAAAGACGUAAAAGAUGUGCAGAAAGACGUAAAAGAUGUGCAGAUACAGCAGGGUGCGAUGACCGAAGCCCUCUUUGAGGUGCUGACGAAGGACUCGUCGCUUGUGCCCAACGUGAAGUUAGCUUCACUCAAGGAGGCGCUCAAAGUCGUUGUCGCGCUUCUGCAGGCGAAUCCCCAGAGCGCACGCCUGUUUGAGCUCAUGGACGUCCAGAGCCACACUCGCGAGAUCGCUGAUCGGCUCUGGGACUCUGGCUACUUUCUGCGCUUCAUGUACGAACUCAACUUCGUGGUCGCAAGGUUGCCUGCUGUGGGCUCGCUGAAUCAAGAGCAACUUACAACUCUGUUCAAGGAUGCCGAGGUGGCCGCGAAUGCCUUGUUCGGCGAGAUGGCGAUGCCCGGCUCUGCUCCUACGCUCGACUGGAUGAAAAUCAAGCCAAGUCUCGCAGGCGCUGGCGGGCUGCUCUCGCACCUCGUGGAUCAACCUGCCCUCGAGGCAAAGUUGCGCAUCCUUUGGCCUGACUUUGACAAUCGCGCCCGCCAGGCUGAAGUCUUUGGGGGGCUGCUUCACGAUGCUGCAACGGAGUUCCAGGGCAUGUGCAACAAGGCAACCGACCAUUCUUCCCUGCCAGAGUUGUCUCCCAGCCUUCACGAAAUGCUCUGCGGCAAGCUCGGACUCUUGGUUGCCGUCAGCAUCCACACUCGCUUGAAGCCGACGCUCAAUCUGCAUUUGGGCGAAGUGGAGUGCGAUGCCAUGGCACCACUUGAUGACCCUGUGCAGCCUCAUGUUGGGGUGCAACUGGUGGAGAUCAAGCGCACUCCAAAGCCUGUCAAGGCUGCUCAGAGACAGCUGCUGAUUCGCUCGGCACUGUUCGUUGCGCUCUUCCAGCUGAUGCCGCGGCAGAAGAAGGAGACACAGAUCCCAAUUCACAUUCAGGGGUUCUUCUACACGUCUGGACCCCACGGGCUACGUGAGCUUUACGGUGAAAAGGCCAAGAAAGUGCUCCGUGACGAGUUCAAGAACAAGGUGUUUGGGGACGCGAGGACGGAGACUGACCCAGAGCUGUCGUUCGCCAUCUUCCCUCUGAUUAAGUUCAAGCCAGCGAUACCCUCUUGGGCCACUUUGGUAUUUGUUGCUUCCUCGACCUCCGCUGGGUCUGCUCCUGUCAAGGCUCCUGUCGAGGCUGCUGCCGCUACUCCUGUCGAAGAUGCUGACCCUGGUCCUGCCAAGACUGCUGUCGAUGCUGUUGUCGAUGCUGUUGUCGAUGCUGUUGUCGAUGCUGUCGAUGCGCAAGAUCAGGCGCUUGUCGCUCCGCCUGACGUGGCGCCUGCCGAGGAUGCCGCCGAGGAUGCUGUCAAACUCCUCGCGAAGCGUUGGAAGAAGCCGUCACUCCUGCUGGCGUGCACCCUGCUUCUGAUGAUGCUGCUGCUGGUCCUGCGGACCAAGACCGCUCUUCCACUGAGUAGUUGA